GACCACACCUCUGUUUUAAUAGUAUAGCUGUAUUUACAGUAGCCGUGAGCACAACUUGUUCAAGGUGUGGUGCGACGCUUUUUACCUCACGGAAUCGUGCAAGUCUCCAAAUCACAGGAAUGGACAAUAGCGGCAGACUAAUGAUCGCAGCCAUCAUGGUAAUGGCGUGCAUGGCGAUGGGAGCCGAGGCACAGAACUCUUCAAUGACUACUACUAUGGCACCCAACGCCACAAUGGCACCCAACACCACAAUGGCACACACCACUACAAUGGCACCCGACGCUACAAUGGCACCCAACGCCACAAUGGCACCCAACACCACAAUGGCACCCACUACUACAAUGGCACCCGACGCUACAAUGGCACCCAACGCCACAAUGGCACCCAACACCACAAUGGCACACACCACUACAAUGGCACCCGACGCUACAAUGGCACCCGACGCCACAAUGGCACCCAACACCACAAUGGCACCCACUACUACAAUGGCACCCAAUGCCACAAUGGCACCCACUACUACAAUGGCACCCAACGCUACAAUGGCACCCAAUGCCACAAAGGCACCCAACACCACAAUGGCACCCACUACUACAAUGGCACCCAAUGCUACAAUGGCACCCAACGCUACAAUGGCACCCAAUUCCACAAUGGCACCCACUACUACAAUGGCACCCAACGCUACAAUGGCACCCAACGCCACAAAGGCACACAACACCACAAUGGCACCCACUACUACAAUGGCACCCAAUGCCACAAUGGCACCCACUACUACCAUGGCACCCAACUCUACAAUGGCACCCAAUGCCACAAUGGCACCCACCACCACAAUGGCACCCACCACGACAAUGGCACCCAACGCCACAGUGGCACCCACCACUACAAGGGAACCCAACGCCACAAUGGCACCCACUACUACAAUGGCACCCAAUGCCACAAUGGCACCCACUACUACCAUGGCACCCAACGCUACAAUGGCACCCACCACGACAAUGGCACCCAACGCCACAGUGGCACCCACCACUACAAGGGAACCCAACGCCACAAUGGUACCCAACGCCACAAUGGCACCCACCACCACAAUGGCACCCACCACUACAAUGGCACCCAAACCGACAAUUACACCCAAUACGGCAAUAGCCCCCACUGUUGUCAACACCACCGUCCCAGCUCUCACGCAAAACAUAUCAAGGGCGGAUUGUGGAAAGACUCAGUACUGUGCUGCUGAGCCAUCAGACUGUGACCCGGCCAUGGCUGGUUCAUGUUUCUUCGUCUCCACGCGGCAGUCCUCGGGACAGACCUUCUCCCUCCAGCUACGAGGAGAGUCCAGAGGCUACAUCGCUGUAGGCUUGUCCAAAAACACCACCCUGGGCGUUAAUGACACUACCUACGUGUGUGCCAACAACAACGGCACAAUGAAGUUCUUCACCACUCUCCUCCUAAAUAACGUUCUGACUGUCACUGGCACGCUGGCUGUGGACUCUGUGAAGGGCUCAGUCAACGGUCAGAUCAUCCAGUGCACCUUCUCUGCUACUCUCCCCGAAGCUACCAGGAGCACUGACACCAGCUUCGUCCUCUCCAUUUCCAACGGGACCGUAAUUAACGGAACCCUGGGUACUCCUAAGGUUGUCCUGGUCAACAAUGCAGCCGUGGACCUGGCCAACCCCAACAGUACUGUGAUCAACUCUUUGAACACCGCCCCCACUAAUUCUACUUCCUCCACUACUAAUACUUCCACCACUACUGCUACUUCCAACAUUGCUGCUACUUCCAACACUGCCUCCAGCCAUGCCUUGGGCCUGCAGCACACCCUGUCUCAAGCUCUGCUGAUCCUGUUUGGUGUGCUAGGUAUGAUGAUGCUGUAAUGAUGAUCUGAAGGUGACACACCAUGAACUCAGAAAUCCUGCAUCUUUACUGCCACUGACACUGGCAAGGCUGCAUCCCCAAAUGACACCAUAUUCUCUACAUAGUGCACUACUUUCACUGGGUUGGGAAUGCCGUAGGGUGCCUUUUCAGACGCUCUGGUUCUGGGUUAAAAGACCAUGUCAGAUCUGAAGUUAUAUGCUUAUAAAUGCAUGUCAUUAAACAUACAUAGUGAAACACUUUCUAGUUGGGGGUAGUAAGACGAUAGCGUACAGAAUGGAUCCGGUGAUACAAGGCCCAAUGCUAACAUUUUCACAAUUUCAACCUCAUAUUCAUCAUCUCCAGCACCACCAUCAACACCUGUCUUCUUCUAUUCUGUUGACCACGAAAUGUCGAACCUGCCGUUUUCACAUAUAUUGAUGUCUCAGGAGGUUGGUGGCACCUUAAUUGGGGCUCAUGGGAACGGCUGGAGCGGAAUGGUGUCAAAUACAUGGCUUCCAGGUGUUUGAUGUUGGUUCGGGUGGUGUUUCAGAUGAUGAAUAUGUGGUUGGAAUUUCCCUAUAUAUACACCCCCCCAUGUCAUCCCCUAUACGUUUAGAAUCUUUGUUUUAUUUUGCCUUUGCUGGUGUAAGUGUGAGUGUGUGUUUAAAUAUUUGUCUUGAGUGUUGGCACACAUUCUCAUAGAUGACACCACAAAUUGGCAGGAAUGUGUGUGUGUGUGUGUUUGUGUGCGUGCGAGCUUGUGUGUGUCUGUCCAAUAACGAAGCCACUGGAUGGUGAACUGUUCUUUCUGAUUACCCUUUUAAAUGAAACAUGUUUUAAAUGUGCAAUUAUGGAAAUAUUUGUAUACAUUUCUUUUUCCCCCAAAAAUUUUUUACAAUGCAUGUUUGACCUUUCGUGGGUAUAUUUGCUUAAUCAGUUGACACUCAAACUGACAACUUUUAAUGCGCUGCACACUCAAUCACAGAAACACUCAGGGUUAGUUCGGAUUGCGUACUGUUGUAUGAGUCAUGUCUUUUGUAGGGUGUCUCAUCAGACAGUUGGUAAAGGUGGACAUGUUUGGAACCAAAAGCGUAACCUUUAGAAAGCAUAAACGACGAGCUUACAACAAAAUAUAUAAAUACACAUAGACUGUAGCACUUUCAACACAAUAUAUGAAAAGUGCUUUACAAAUAAUGUUGUUAUAGUAUCAUGAAUGAAUGAAUGAAUAAAGAGCUGCCUACAAGUAAGUGCCAAAAUAAAGGAAACACCAAACAUAAAGUGUCUUAAUAGGUCGUUAGGUCACCACAAGCCAGAACAGCUUCAAGUAAAUUUUGCUCAACACAUUUCUGGGGCUCAAUUGGAGGGAUGCGACACCAUUCUUCCAUGAGAAAUUCCAUCAUUUGGUGUUUUGUUGAUGUUAGUGGAAAUCGCCGCUCCAGAUGAUCCUAUAAGUGUUCAAUUGAGUUGAGCUCUCGUGACUGAAAUGGCCGUGGCAUAUGGUUUACAUCGUUUUCAUGCUCAUCAAACCAUUCAGUGACCACUCGUGCCCUGUUGAUGGGACCUUGUCACCCCAUGGGGGCAUAGCCAUGUUUGCCAAAGUAAUGGCCUGCCCAGUAUUUUUAUACAUGACCCUAAGCAUGAUGGGACGUUAACUGCUUAAUCAACUCAGGAACGACACCUGUGUGGAAGCACCUGCUUUCCAUACACUUUGUAUUCCUCAUUUACUCAAGCAUUUCCAUUAUUUCGGCCGUUAAAUAAACAUCUCUAUUCAUGAAAAAAAAUACCCCAAAAAGGUCAUUUUUACACCUCUUCACUUCCUUGGCUCAACAUUGGAGGCAACCAAAACCCAACACUGUUUUACGUCAGGUACUUGACUUAACGUAUUCCUUUCAGCUCCUAGUAGAGCAAGGGCCUCAAACAUUAGAUAAAGAGCAUGUGUAAAACAUCCUGAGAAAUCAUAUUUUCAGAACACAAAAACAUGUAUUACAGUUUUAACAUUAGCAUUGAGAAGUAUACUCUGGUAUUGGAAUGGUAUAUUAUUGGUAUAGUUUAUGAUGUUUGUUUUGUGUUAUGUGUACAUUUCAACAAAUAAAAGCAAUUCUUCAAAAAAUA